AUGGACGCUUCCAAUGAGAGCGGAAUUUGGCACAUAUCAGUUGGAAAGAGCAAGGAGUGUUCUAAAAAUAGAAGGAAUACGACCUAUAAUGCCUCAAGCACUACCAGAGUCGCUAUUUCCCUACGUUCCGAAAAGAACUUGAUGUUAAUGUAUGUGUGUUCAGCAAUAAUAACUACGGGGCGUUUCCGAUGGAUAAUUCGUUUGUUUUCAUAA